AUGGCCGUGUACAUUGUGGACGUGGGCGGCGCGUCGCUCAAGCAUGGCCUGGCGACGAGCCCGACGUACACGACGACGCCCAACUACAUGCGAAUGAGCGCCAAGGCGAGCGCCGUCCAGAUCCGCCGGCCCGUUGAGCGCGGCUACGUCGGCGAUCUGCUGCAGGACCUCGUCCCGCCGGGCAAGGACCACACGCUGCUGCUGACGUCGCCUCUCUUUACGCCCGAGAAGCUCCUUGCGACGCAGGACGAGGUUGUCUUUGAAGAGUUCGAGUAUAGCGCGUAUGCGUCUGUUGUGCCCCAAGCCAUGGCUGCGCAUGGGCUCUCGCGGCAGCCGCCCGUCACGUGUAUCGUCGAUAUGGGCUUUUCGUGCACGUACAUCGUACCCGUCAUCCAAGGUCACGUCGUGCUGAGUGCAGUGCGGCGACUGAACGUCGGUGGAAAGCUCCUGACCAACUACCUGAAGGAGUGCGUGAGCUACCGGCAGUGGAACAUGAUGGAUUCGUUCGAGAUCAUCGACGAGGUCAAGGAGGCGGUCUGCAGCUGUUCGCUGGACUUUACAGCCGACAUGCACGCCUUUGCGUCGCGCGACGCACCCGUUGUGCAGUGGGCGCUGCCCGACUACGUCCACACGAAGCACGGCGCCAUUACCCCCGACUCGAUGCUGCACGACUCGACACAAGUGCUGCGGCUCGGUGUCGAGCAAAUCACCGUGCCAGAGAUCCUCUUCCAUCCGUCGGACAUUGGCGUGGACCAAGCCGGGCUCGCUUCUGGUAUUGCAGAUGCGAUUCUGGCCUGCCCAGACUACGCCCAUGGGCUCCUCUUCUUGAACAUUGUACUCACGGGUGGAACCUCAAAGCUGCCGCGACUUCGCGAGCGAUUGGAGGCGGACCUUCGACCCCUUGUACCCUCCGAGUACGCGCUCGGGAUUUCCAGCACGAUAGAUCCAAUUGGCGCCGUGUGGGAAGGCUGCCAGGUCCUGGCAACGGACCACGACGCGCUGUCUGCAACCACCGUCACACGCGCCGAGUACCUCGAGCACGGCAGUGCUGUGUGUCGGGACCGCUUUCGUCAGUACUAG